CCUGCUCCUAUUGGGCUACACUGCUGUAGUCUGAUACUCAGGCUAUGUGAAGACAAAUACAAAGAUCAAAUCUCAAAACGACACAAAGUUCCCUAAGUAGGCAGCAGGAACCAUUAUUUCACAUUAUAUCUAGUGCACAUAAACUAGGGAUCAGGAAGUCGUUUAGUAUUCAGCCACUACAGUCAACUCAACUUGUGGUCCACGAAGAAAAAGGGCUUGUUCUGCGCAAGGUUAAUUAUGGCUAUAAACAGCGUCGCUCACUCAUGACGAUGAUAAUCAGUCGGAUUGUAGAAACGUUUGUGAAUUAAAAUAAUAGAAGAUAAAGUUCUCUCAGAGUUCUAGCAGCUAGCAAACCGCACCAGUUAGCAUAGACACUUCCUUGAUGCUAUGGUGAGAUUUAGCUAGCAUUCGUCAACUUAUAAACGUAAGUAUGCCUUAAUAACACUGCUAUUUAACUCAUCACUAACCACGUUAAACUGUAAACUAGUUGUUCGGCUAUUAACCUACAUAAAUGUGAUUUAACUGCACUAGUGUUACCGGGGUUAGCUGUGUGUACAGUAGCUACAGUAGGAGGUCAUUUGUUUCCACAGCAACUAGCUGAUUAUAAACCUUAUAAAUAUUAGCGUUUGUUAUUGUUUAUACGUCCUGAUGUUGGGAAAGUACACGACAUAGCUUUAGUAAACAUUGUCAACAUACAACUAGUUAACUAGUGAUCUAACGACUUAGUUAUCUUUGUUUUACUUCAUAUCGUGUACAAGCUCACGUUGCUAACAACUGUGUUAAACUUGUGUUAAGUUUGUUUUUGUUUUGUUUUUGCUUGGAAUAUUUUUUAGUUUGAAUGGUUUGUGAAAUUUGAGGUGUGAAAUUAUUUUUAUUUUUCACCCUUAUUUAGCUACAUCAGGGGUCAAAAACUACAAACCGACUAAAGUCUUGCACCCAAACUACCCUGUCUUUCUCCUUUGGUUACUCAGAGAACCAUUUCACAACGUUGUGGGAACGUUUUAUUUUGGUUAGUAAAGGUACGUUCAUAAAAAAAAAGUUCUUUUUUUAUUUUAUUAUUAUUAUUUUUUUUUAAGUAAACAAAUUUCUACUAACUUGCAUUGGGAACUACAAAAAAAAAAAGGUUUAUAAUACGACUUGCAAAAAACGUGUAAAAAAAGGCUUUACGUUCAUCGUCACGUUAAAUUCGUCUUCCAAAAUUCAGAAACUUGAAUGUUACACACUUGUCCUGAUUAGUAUGCGUGAAACCGCACUAGCUCGCCUUAACUAGUGUCUCGGCCGUGCUCUGCGAGGUAAAUAAAUAAAUAAAUAAAUAAAUAAAUUAAAUAAAUAUGCCUGUAGUAUAUUCAAAACUUCCCUCGCAACUGAAGAGGUCUUCAGCAGCCAAGAAAGUGGUGUUCCUUCUCGUCGCUGCGUACGGAGUGAAAAGACUCUACCCGUACGUUUCUGAAAGACUUAAAGGACGUCCAGAUCCUCAGGACGGCAGACCGAACGUGCGUCACACGAACGGAGAGCCGGCGGAGGUCACGGAGAGACGAAAGAGGAAGAGAAACUCACCUGCUCUGAAUCGAGAAUUCCUCUUGCGCUUAAAGCGGCUCCUGAGCAUCCUUUUCCCUCGUUUUUUCUGCAAAGAGCUGGGACUUCUGGGUUUUCACUCACUGGCUCUGAUCUCGCGCACAUUUCUGUCUAUUUACGUCGCCAACUUGGACGGUAAAAUAGUGAAGACCAUAGUGAAAAAAGACCCCCAGGCUUUUGUGUGGGAGUUAACCAAAUGGCUCCUGAUCGCUAUCCCGGCGACGUUUGUAAACAGCGCUAUCCGUUAUCUGGAAGGCCAGCUAACUCUGGCGUUUCGCACCAGGCUGGUGAGCCAUGCCUACCAGCUUUACUUCAGCAACCAGACCUAUUAUCGCGUCAGCAACAUGGACGGCAGGCUGGCCAACCCGGACCAGUCUCUGACGGAGGACGUUGUGAUGUUCGCCGGCUCUGUGGCCCACCUGUACUCCAACCUGACGAAGCCCUGCCUGGACGUAGUGAUGACCUGCUACACGCUGAUCAAAACUGCACAGUCUAAAGGUGCCAACACGACUUGGCCGUCGGUGAUCGCCGGCAUCGUGGUGGCGCUCACGGCCAAAAUCCUGCGGGCGUUUUCCCCGCGCUUCGGCAAGCUGGUGGCCGAGGAGGCCAAGAGGAAAGGGGACUUGAGGUACAUGCAUUCACGCAUCAUCGCCAACUCGGAGGAGAUCGCCUUCUACGGGGGUCACAAGGUGGAGAUGUCGCAGCUGCAGCGGAGCUACACGGCGCUGCGCUCGCAGAUCAACCUCAUCCUCUUCAAGCGGCUGUGGUACGUCAUGCUCGAACAGUUCCUCAUGAAGUACCUGUGGAGCGCCUCGGGUCUCGUCAUGGUAGCCGUGCCCAUCAUCACCGCUCCAGGGUACUCCUCACACGAUUCAGAAGACUUGAAGCAGACAGUGAUGGGGAUGAAGGAGGAAGAACUGGUGAGCGAGCGCACAGAGGCCUUUACCACAGCCAGGAACCUUUUAAACGCAGGAGCCGACGCCGUGGAACGAAUUAUGAGCUCGUACAAGGAGGUGACGGAGCUGGCAGGCUACACGGCGCGUGUGUACGAGAUGUUUAACGUGUUCGAGGAGGUGGGCGUCGGUGUGUAUCGCCGGUCGGACAAGGACCCGCAGGGCACAGAGAACCCUGGCGGCUCGAGUGAGGUGAAACACGGUACGAGGUUGGAGGGACCUUUACACAUCAGAGGUCAAGUCAUCGACGUGGAGCAAGGCAUCAGGUGUGAGAACUUGCCUAUUAUAACACCCACAGGUGACGUCGUAGCCUCCAGCCUCAACAUCAAGGUGGACGAAGGAAUGCAUCUGUUAAUCACGGGCCCGAACGGCUGCGGAAAAAGCUCUCUGUUUCGGAUCCUGAGCGGCCUGUGGCCCGUGUACAGCGGAGUGCUGUAUAAACCUCCGCCGAAGCACAUGUUCUACAUCCCACAGAGGCCAUACAUGUCCGUGGGCACUCUGCGGGAUCAGGUGAUUUAUCCCGACACGGAUCAGGAGAUGCGGGAACGAGGCUUCACCGAUCAGCAGCUGGAGGGAAUCCUGCGCACCGUCAACCUCCUCUAUAUCCUCGAGCGGGAGGGAGGUUGGGAUGCAGAGAGUGACUGGAAGGACGUUCUGUCUGGAGGAGAGAAGCAGAGAAUGGGCAUGGCUCGGAUGUUCUACCACAAGCCCAAAUACGCUCUCUUGGACGAAUGCACCAGCGCCGUUAGUAUCGACGUGGAGGGGAAAAUCUUUGAAGCUGCUAAGGAUGCUGGGAUCGCGCUUCUCUCGAUCACACACCGUCCGUCUCUGUGGAAGUACCACACCCACCUGCUGCAGUUUGACGGCGAGGGCGGCUGGCGCUUCGAAAGGCUGGACGCAUCCACGCGUGUCUCGCUGCAGGACGAGAAGCUGCGGUUAGAGACCCAGCUCUCAGGGAUCCCCAAGAUGCAGCAGCGUCUGUCUGAACUGUGCAGCAUUCUUGGUGAAAACAGCAAUGUGCUGAGCCCCACGGAGACGGAGGGGGAACGACAGGGGGGGGAGGAGAAAGAGAGGAAGCAGCAGGAGGAGAGGGAGGAGAAAGACGCGCUCCCCGGUGAACAGGGACGAGGCCUUAUGGAGUGAUUCGAUGCCAGGAGACGGAGAGAACGAUUUCAAAGCCAGCUGUUUAUGUGAACGUGUCUGUGCGUGCGAAUGUGUGUUUGUGUGUCUGUGCAAGUGUGCAGAUCCAUAUACAUGGGUUAAGAAUCUCAGAUCAAAAUGAUUAACUCUGAUGUGGUCUUCAGGGACUUACCUUAAUUGGGUUUUCCACUGCAUUCCUGUUUGUGCGUGUUUGUGUGUGUGCGUGUGUGUGUAUGUGCGUGUGCGUGUGUGUGCGUGUGUGUGCGUGUGUGUGCGUGUAUGUGCGUGUGUGUGUGUGUGUGUGUUAGAUAUGGGAAAAAGCAUGAGGCUGGUGCCAGUUCUUGCAGGUGCAGCAGAUGAUGAAAGCUGCUCAGUCCCAUGUUAUUACAAUUCUCUACCGAAUUUGCACAAACUCUCAGGCUCUGUGUGUGUGUGUGUGUGUGAGUAAGUGAGAAAAGAGAGAAGGGAGGUGUUUGAGAAAGGCUUGCUGUCAGACCACUGACUGCAGUUGUGUUUUAAUAACAGUCUCUGGUAUAAUGCUGGUAUAACGUUAGGGAUCACCACUCGGCUCUGUAGGCUUCUUUCUGUGCCGUGUUUCUGUACAAAGCGUAGACGGUUUGAGUUGUAAACCCUGUCAGAAUGAUAACCACCACACAGUUUGACAGAGUGGUUUGUGAAACUAUGAAUCAGGGUUGGGCGAUUACGCCAAAACUCGCAUCACGAUGCUUAGGAAUUUAGUUAUAGUCUAGCCGCGAAUCCCCAAAUCGUACGACGGUUAGGUAUCUUAAAGCAUAAAGCCUUUUGUUAGCACCCUUGCAGGAGAGCGCUAGCUGUACUGUGCUGGAUUCCCAGGCUAAGAAACUCCACCAGACAGGGUGUCAUAGGACAGUUCAGUAUCAGAUCAGUCGUCUGUAACUAAGCACUUAGUUUCUCUUUAAUCAGGGUGUACAGAGCACUUAACAUACUCAUAUGGGGGCGGAGCCAGAACGGGUGCAGUUUGUCGAUUGGUCGAACAAGCGCUAAUUAAAUGACUGGGCCAUGGAUUUCUACGGACUACGGAAAGAGCAAAACCGUAACCCAAAAAUAUCACUUUAUUUUUACAUCAUCUGUUGAACGUUUGCUUUUUUUUUUUUUUGUUUGUUUGUUUUUUUUUGUUUCACUGACUUAGAAUUUAACAUGAAAGUUAUAAGUAAGUAAUAAAAUGUGAACGUGGAUGCGCUGUUAUAGAAGGACAAUGAACAACACAUCAUCGUGUGAUGCUAUCAGCCCGAAGUCACACAGCGAUCUGUUCCUCUUAAACCACUUACUUGCCAACAGUUGCAAUUAGAAUUUAUUAACGAACAUCACAUCUACGGUCGGUUCGCUCGGAUCAUACGGAGCGUCCGCCGCAGGGGUAGCCGUCGCUAUAGAUACGAUAACGUAUUAGAUCGAAGGCAUUAAUAUAAACCUGCGAUUUGUCUUAGAGCUGGCAGUACAAUCAGAAAGUUAAUUAAGAAAAUUAAUCAAAACCUUCUGACCAAUCAGGAUUUAGAUAGCUAUAAUAAAUCUCCUAAAGGUUUUAAUGUCCAACUCGCUGUUUUUUUUUUUGUUUUGUUUUGUUUUGUUUUUUUAGUAAUUAAAAAUCAGUCAGUGUUAUAAACAUAUUUAUAACCAUGCUAAAAAAAAAAACAAAAAAAAAAACGCAUACAUAUGGUGUCUCACUAUGUUGAAGUUAUGUUGUCAUAUUUCUCAGCCCUACUGUGACUGGUUUAGCGAACGACUAAAUGAGGCGUGGAGCGGCGACCCCACGAUAAACGGUCACGUCUACUGCCGAGGUCACCACGGUCCACUCGGCGUGAGCUGCCUGCGAGGACGUUCUCUAACUUCACUUGUUUUAUCUUUGCCGUAGGCUUCCGUAGCGAAUUGAAUUAAUCCAUCACUUUAGAUGCAUCUGGAGUUUCACUUUUAUUACACGGUCUCUGGGCUGCGGUAGAUUCAGCAGACCUUUUUUAGACUUUAAAGGUGUUCGUUUAAUCGUAGCGGUGUGAGAACCCGAGCUCUAACGUUUUUGCACACGAUUACGUCGCAUACGUACAGUAAAUGUCAGUUUGAGCCAUUAAUGCUGUCUGAUCUGUCAGAAAUACAUCAUGAGGUUUAAUACAAUCUUGUUCUAACGGUGAACGUUAUUUUAUUUGAUUACCUCCUUUUGUAUAUCAUUAAAGUGUCCUUUCGAUUUCACAUUUAAAAAAAAAAAAAAAAACUUCUUACUUUGUCGAAUUUUUAACUCAGUCAAUUGACAUAUUUGAUUGUAGCCAAAUAUUAAUCGCUAUGUUUAAAAAAAUAGAUUUUUUUUAUCGUGCCCCAGACCCCAGAAAUAAGUCCGAUUUUGCACAAAUGGCUUCGUAUCGCGAAUCAGCGAUACCGUAAUAAUCCGAUGAUAAUCCAAACGAAUGUUCCAUGUAGAUUAUGUGCUGAUUUUCACAUUCAAACUUAUCAAACUAACAUUUUUUUACUUUUAUUUUUUACAAACGUUAACUUCGGAUAUAUUUCGACUGUGUGAUCUCAUUGCUGUCAGUGAUAGAGAUUUAAUUUGCACAUUUUGCCUGCAUGACUUUAGAUUAUUUUCCUACGUCAAUGGAUCUAAUAAAUUAUGUUGUUUAGGAAUCCACACACUCUGCUUGGAUGCUUUCGCUUUCA